GCGGCCGGCAGUGAGGUAGCGCUCAUGGUGACGUUAUCCCUGUCCGGAAGUGGCUUAGCUAGGCGAAAGCGGCCAUGUUGCGUCAGGAUAGUAAUGAUGACACUGAAGAUGUUUCACUGUUUGAUGCCAGUGAUGAUGAGUCAGCCAGGAAGCCAAGGAAGGUGAAAAUCAGACAUCCGGUGGCAUCUUUUUUCCAUUUGUUCUUUCGAAUCGGUGCAAUAAUUGUCUAUCUUCUGUGUGAAUUGCUAAGCAGCAGCUUUAUUGCCUGUAUGGUGACAAUUAUCUUGUUAUUAUCGUGUGACUUUUGGACUGUGAAGAAUAUAACAGGGAGGCUCAUGGUUGGCUUGCGCUGGUGGAACCAUAUAGAUGAUGAUGGAAAGAGUCACUGGGUGUUUGAGGCUCGAAAAGAAUUGAAACAAGAGAAAAGGACCUCUUCAGAAGCUGAGUCACGAAUUUUUUGGUUAGGAUUAAUUACCUGUCCAAUUAUGUGGGUGAUAUUUGCCUUUAGUGCUCUCUUCUCCUUCAAAUUGAAGUGGUUGGCAGUAGUCACCAUGGGUGUGGUACUACAAGGUGCUAACCUGUAUGGCUACAUCCGAUGCAAAGUAGGCAACCGAAGCAAUUUAACUAGUAUGGCUACCACUUAUCUUGGAAAGCAGUUCUUGAAACAUAACAUUAAAGAUGAUCAGAUAUCUUGAAGAUAAAGAGAAGAAAUACAUCUUGUAUUGAGGAACAACUGAAGAGAUUGUCUUGAUCCUUUUGGAGUCGAGUAAAUAUCUCGGGGUGGGGGAAAUCAUUAGAGAUUUUUCUCAUUUAAAUAAUUUUUUUAUAGGAAGAUAUUGCUUUUAGCAUAAAAUCUGUCUUAGGAUUCUUUUUUUUUUUAAGGUUAUUGCCUCAAAACUGAAUAGGGUGUGCAUAUUCAUAAUUUUAGAAGAGGAGAAAUUAUCUAAAAUAGGAGUUAUGUUGAAUAUUAGCUUGCAUUUCAUAAAUUAUUUCCAUUUGUACAAAACACUAUAUAUCAUGGUGAAAUUUUUCACCUAAAUUAUAAAUAAGCAAAUAAAAUUAUAUGCCAUACCCAAUUUGUCAGUACUGUUAAAUUUAAGUAAUUUUAAUGGGAGGUGUUUUUAUGGUUUAUUCAGCAAACUGUUGAUUCAUGUGCUAUUUAUAUAUGUAACUUGUUAUAGCAAUCUGUAUAGUUUAUAUUAGUAUGCGUGUGUGUGUGUGUGUACAUAUAUAUGUGUAUAUAUAGUUUUUAUGCUUCUAAUUAGUUGAGACAUAGCUGUACAUUUCACUUUAAAUUCUUAUUUUGGAAAAUCAUACCAAGCAUAAUGAAAAUUUGAGUGACACAAAAUGUACACAUAAUAAUGAAUUAUUUUUUGUGUUAGGUUGAAAAUAUUUAUUGGCAUGGCAAAUGCCUAAAGUCACAUUUUGUUUUUAGAAUUUCUUUUGUUAUUGAGAGAAUUGGAGUAUUGGAAAUUAUAGGAUUAAAUUAUAACAUAUUUUACUUAAGUAGUUCU